UUGUACUUGACCCAAUUUAUGGUCGCCAAUGAGACAAUGCAGACUCCGUACCGCUUGUACCAGGUUUCGAACCCCGUAUUUAAAGGGUAAGAGAAGACCCAAAGGAAUCAUUCUCAAUCCCACCAGCAUUCGAAGAGCAUCAUGAUUCGACUCGGAGCCGUAAUUCUUUUAGCUGUGGCUUGCACAGCAGCUCCUUUGGGAAAUACGGGUGCUAUUCUGUUUAGCAAUGCUCUUCACAAGGGUGCUCACCUGAAAGGACAUGCGUACGCUGCCGAAGUUCAUCACUCAGCUCCAGCUGCUCUUGCCUACUCCACUAGCCAACUGCAUGGUUUGUCAUCUCUGGCUCUUGCUCCCGCCGUAAGCAAGGGUUAUGCUUAUUCCUCUGAAGUGCGCCAUGCAGGUCCAGCUGUUGCAGUAGCUGCAGCACCAGCUGCUGUCGCUGUUCAUGGAGCUGCAGUUAAGGGACAUGCGUAUUCCACCGAAGUGCAUCACACAGCUCCAGCAGCAGUUGCCUAUUCGUCUCAAAUCCAUCAUGCAGCACCUGCCGCAGUAGCAUAUUCAUCUGAAGUUCAUCAUGCAGCACCUGCAGCUAUUGCUGUCGGUGCCCCAGCUGCUGUCAAAGGGUAUGCUUAUUCUUCUGAAGUGCAACAUGCAGCUCCCGCAGCUGUAGCAUAUUCCUCUGAAGUCCACCAUGCAGCACCAGCAGCUGUCGCCGUAAGUGCCCCAGCAGUCAAAGGGUACGCUUAUUCCUCUGAAGUUCACCAUGCAGCACCUGCAGCUGUUGCCGUAAGUGCUCCAGCAGUCAAAGGAUACGCUUAUUCUUCUGAAGUUCAACAUGCAGCUCCAGCAGCUGUUUCAUAUUCCUCCGAAGUUCACCAUGCAGCACCUGCAGCUGUUGCCGUAAGUGCUCCAGCAGCUAAAGGAUACGCUUAUUCCUCAGAAGUUCACCAUGCAGCACCUGCAGCUGUUGCCGUAAGUGCACCAGCAGUCAAAGGAUACGCUUAUUCUUCUGAAGUUCAACAUGCAGCUCCCGCAGCAGCUGUUGCAUACUCCUCCGAAGUUCACCAUGCCGCACCUGCUGCUGUUGCCGUAAGUGCUCCAGCAGUCAAAGGAUACGCUUAUUCUUCUGAAGUUCACCAUGCAGCUCCCACAGCUGUCGCUUAUUCCUCUGAAAUUCACCAUGCCGCACCUGCUGCUGUUGCCGUAAGUGCUCCAGCAGUCAAAGGAUACGCUUAUUCUUCUGAGGUUCAACAUGCAGCUCCCGCAGCUGUCGCUUAUUCCUCUGAAGUCCAUCACGCCGCCCCUGCAGCUGUUGCCUAUUCAUCUGAAGUUCAUCACGCAGCACCAGCAGCUGUUGCUGUCAGCGGCCCAGCUGUCAAAGGGUACUCUUAUUCCUCCGAAGUUCAUCAUGCAGCACCAGCCGCUGUUGAAGUAAGUGCCCCAGCUGUCAAAGGUUAUGCUUAUUCCUCUGAAGUGCAACAUGCAGCAGCACCAGCUGCUGUAGCAUAUUCUUCAGAAGUUCAUCACGCUGCGCCUGCAGCAGUAGCAGUGUCUGCCCCAGCAGCUGUAGUCUAUUCUUCUCAAGUCCAGCAUGCAGCUCAAGCAGCUAAAGGUCAUGCUUAUUCAGCCAAAAUUGAGCAUGGAAGCUCAGCUGCUGCUGCAGCACAGGCAGCUGCUCAAGGUUACGCUUCCGAAAACCAGCACGGAGCAGCUGGCGCACAGAAACUUGAACAGAGUCAACAAGGAUUUUCUUACUCAUCUGGAAUUCAACAUUCUGGCCCUGCAGCAGCUAUUUCAUACAGCUUUGGGGAGGAAAAAGCAGCUCAAGAAUUUAAAGCACGAGAAGCUUCUAAGAAGAGUGAAGAAUCAAAAGCAGCAGGGCAAUUUUAUUCUUCAGAUAUAAGCCAAGGAGCAGCUGCAGGUUCUGGAGCACCAAGGGGAGCUGAAGCAGUUAAAGGUUAUGCUUAUGCAUCCGAAGUUCAUCACGCAGCCCCAGCAGCAGUAGCAGUCCAUGCAGCUCCAGCAGCAGUAGCAGUCCACGCAGCACCAGCGGCAGUAGCAGUACCCGCAGGAAGAGCUUACGCAUAUUCUUCUGAAGUCCAUCAUAGUUCCCCAGCUGUUGCUGCAGCUGUAGUUGCUGCCCCUGCAGUCAAAGGACAUGCAUAUGCCACGGAAGUGCACCAUGAAGGACCCGCUGUUGCAGUUGCUCAUGGUCCAGCCUUUGGCGUUCGUACCAAAGCAGUCUCAUACUCUACUGGAGUACAUCACGCACCAGCUGCUGUCGAAACACAUCAUACAGUUAUCAACAACUUCAAAGGCACACCUUUCGUAGGCCACUAAGAUUAUGAGAAUAGCUUUUAUAUAUUAGGCAUUUUCAAAUUAGUGGUGAUGCGAACCAAAGAAAGCAUGCUGAGCAAGACUAAGGCAAUGGGGAAUAUUCUUUCAUGAACUGUUCUUGUUGGUAGAGGUAAUAAAUCUCUCUCAGAAUUUUAUAAUUUAUGGAUACAAUGUGGUGCGAAUGCUUCGAACUCCUUUCUUUCAGGAACUGUUCUUGUUAGUCGAGGUAAUAAUUCUCUUUCGAGAAUUUCAUAAUUUAUGGUUACAAUAUGGUGCGGAAUGCUUAGAACUCUCACUAAAUAAAAACAAUUACAUCAUGUAAUGAAAAAUAAAUGGAAGUUAUUAUAAAAAGUA